AUGCCUACAAUCAAAGUGACCAGUUAUUGUGACCCAAUCGAAACUACAGAUAAAGAACCCAGACCACUAGACGUGAGACCCAGAGAAAUCGUAGACUGGCCAGAGUUCACCCAGAUAACAACACUCCACGGUAUUAAACAUGCUUUCGAUGGAAGGAGCAGAAUUCGGAGGACAGUGUGGCUGUUAGGGGUAAUAGCAAUGGCGAGUUUUUUAACCUACACCAUAAGCAACAUCGUCAUCAACUACUACAAAUAUCCAACGAGGACCGAAAUGAGCGUGGCCAGUGUGACCGCACAGACAUAUCCACAAGUCACGAUAUGCAGUAUUUCGCCUCUGAGCGCUACAAAACUGAACGACUCUUAUAACCCAGAAAUAUGGACUCUAAUGGCUGCCAUGUCACCAACUGGUUGGCUCAUGGAUCAAAUAAACUUCAGCCUCCCAGAGUUCCAGUUCGCCCUUGAACGACACCCAAAAGAACACUACUUAAAUUUGUCAAACGACUUAUCGUCGCUGCUAACAUAUUGUUCGUUUGAGGGCAGUUCUAUAGGUGUAUGUGGCAACAUUUUUGAGACAAGGCUGACGGACAUGGGCUUGUGCUUCACCACCAGAAAGAUGGAUCAUGGAGACCGAGUUACCACCAAGAUGACCGGAAGUCAAAGAGGUCUGCAGAUUUCUUUAAUUGUAAAUCAGGAUGAUUACGUUUACAAUAACGACAUGGCGUCUGGUUUCAAAGUGAUGCUUCACCAAACGGGGACAGAACCGGAUAUAGUUAAUAAAGGAUUUCUAGUUCCGCCUGGUUUUACUACUUAUGCUAGCGCGAAUGUCAUAAACUAUAAAUUCAUGCCAUUUCCAUAUAAGGCAUUUGACAAUACUUACUGCUUAGACACGAAGAAUGCAGUGUUCCAAAAUCCACUGACUACGACGGGCGUUUACGACGAAACGAUCUGUUUUCAAGAGUGUAGAUCGACGUUUCUCAUGAAAAAAUGCGGUUGUGUGGACUAUACGGACAGAGGCACUGAAACCAUAUGUAGCUUUAAGGAAGUCUAUACAUGUCUUCAAUAUGAAAAACUUCGAUUUAAUCAAGUGAAGGAAGAAAUCUGUAGCUGUGGUAAACCAUGUGAAUCAACUCAGUUUGAUAUCAAACUAUCAACAGCUCUCUAUCCAUCAGAUCUCAACAUCAAACACCUAGAACAGAUAUUUCCUAAUUUGACACUAAAGAGAAGUAAUUUUGCUGAAUUGAGAAUUUUCUUUGAAAAUUUGGUGGAAACAAGGGUCUUUAUCCCCUUCUGUAAUAUUCAUGUAACACCAGAUAAAUUACCAUAA